AUGUCAUUAACUGAGUUCAUGGCUGAUGCCAGUUUGGGCACUCCAUCUUGGAUCGAAGAUGACUUUGAUAUUACAAGUACAUUGAGCUCUCCCAAUUCAAUGAAUAACCUCUCGUUGUCGAAUUCGUCAAAUUAUAGGUUCGAUAGGUUUGACCGAAAUAGUCGAUUCAAUACGUCAUCUCUGAGUGGUAGUCAAUAUAUUGUUGUAUUUGACAAUGUCCCCAGCUACUGCACACGUCAAUUGUUGAAGGAAUUAUUUGAGUCCAGAUACACGAGAUUCAUAAAAUGUCAUGUUCUAAUUGACCCAUCAGACGAAUCCAAGAAACGUAAAUUGGCUUUUGUCUUCCUCCAUAAUAAUCAAGAUUUGCAAAAAGUUUGUAAAUGGAAUGGGUUUAACAUUGAAAGAAACAAGAUUUUUGUGGAACCAAUUCCAAUUACAGAAUUCAAUAGUAUCAUGGAGUAUAAUAGAUCUAUCAACUAUGAUGAAGAUGAGGAAGAUGAACGCAUUGAAAACGCAGAACGUGAACGAAGAGAACGUCAUAAUAAUAAAACUCCUGAUGUAGAUCACCAUGAAAGACCCCCAAUACGCACAAUGCCAAAGGCUAAUCCAUUUGGCGCUGCUAAGCCAGUUACUGUUCCUGAGAUUCCAGUGGUUUCGGAAAAUACUCGUGAAGUUGCUCAAAUACUACAGAAAAAAAAAGCAAAGGAAAAUCCCUUUGGAAAUGCAAAACCGGUAACUGUUCCUGAAAUCCCUAUUGUCUCUGAGAACACUCGUGAAGUUGCACAAAUUUUACAGAAGAAGAAGAUUCAGAGCUCUAAACCAGAUGCGUCUGGUAAGCCCCCUUCUAGUACUGCCAUCGAUGUUCCGAAUAGCUCGAAUGGCAUACCGGGGGAGCACACUAAGCAAAAGGAAGAAGGUCCAGCAGAACAAAAGAAAGCGCAGAGGGAACGGAAAAUCAAUCCUUUUGGUAAUGCCAAGCCAGUGGACACACUAAAGAAACAAUUGGAAAUUGAAAAAACAUUGAAAAAGGCAGCUAUCAAUGAUACUACUUUUGAUAUUUCUCUAAUUCAUCAUAAUAGGGAAAAAAGCCAGGAAAAUCGUAAGGAACGUAAAAAGGAAAAUAAAAAGGAAACUAAAAAAGAAGCUAAAAAGGAAGCUAAAAAGGAAGCUAAAAAGGAAAACAGUAAGAAUGACUACAAGGAAAAUAGUAAGGAUGGUAAUAAGGAAAGCGGUAGGGAAAGUGAUAAGGAGGACAACAAUGAAGGCCACAAGGAAAAUAACCAGGAAAGUAAUAAAGUUCAGGAGAAAGACAAGGAUACUGUCAAGCAAGAUGUUAAUGGCAAGACAGACGCUACCGAGAAGGCCAAUAUAGAGAGACGUGUUGCGCGUGAAUUAAGUAAGGAAGAAUACGAGGAAGAGUUGAAGAAGCUCCACCUCUUCAAUGGAACGAAAUCCACACGUCGUCCGAAGCACAGGGUACAGAAAAGGCACGAUAAAGGUGAAAAUGAAAAUAAGGGUAAUGAAGCAUCCAGAAACGACAAAAGACCUGGAAGCAAACAUGGUGAGACCACGGAUGUGUCAGUAGAAGUCAGAGAAGCCAGUAGUGGAAUUGAUCAGAAUAUUGAAGAUGCUGCCCAUAGUAAGAGCGACAAGGAUGUUGGUAUUGGCGAAGAAGUGGAAAGUGUUGUACAAGAGGUAAACUCCUCUUCUGGCAAACAAAGCUCCACCUCCGCCAAACAGGAGAAUCAUCGUUCGUCCGGCGUCGUUUUCACUGAUCCCAUAGAAUGUGAAGGUCCGGAUGUCUCCUAUGAAUCCAUCUCGACAAGAGGCAGAGGUAAUGGCAAGAACAGAGGCCGAGGAAGAGGAAGAGGAGCGUUUAGAGGCAGAGGGGUGGUGAGAGGGCUCCGUGGCCGUGGUGGUCUCUACAAGAACUUAAGCUAUCAUAAGCCGGCAGAGGGUGAUACAACCGGAGAGAUUCAAACGGUGUCUUCGGAUCUCAAUGGUGUCAAAUCUCAAAAUCUUGCUUAA